AAGGAAGGACGAACAUACAGAUUCCUAUCCUCUCUCGCCAUGACAACAAUGUCGUCGAGGCUCGCAUCUCGCGCCGCCCGCUUAGCUGCGGUGGCGGCAUCUCGCGCCGCCCGCUUAGCUGCGGCGUCCGCAUCUCGUACCGGGGCCGGGGACCCCUCAGCGCGGGCCACCGCCACUGCCGCAUCUCGCGCCGCUCGCUUAGCUGCGGCGGCCGCAUCUCAUGCCGGAGGCCCCACAGCGCGCGCGAUUGCGGCUGCCGUAUCUCGCGCCGCCCGCUCAAUCUCCUCGAAGCUCCUUGACGACGACAUCGCUGCCCGCCUCUCCUUCCGCUACAGCACCGAGCCCCCAGAUGAUGGUAAGUGCGUUACAGCCAAGGACCUCGAGUCAGAUCAAGCCGUAUGGGCCUUAUAUGAGCGCUGGUGCAAGUCAUACAACAAGAAGCGUGACCAUGCUGAGAUGAUUCGCCGGUUCGACAUAUUCAAGCUGAAAGCAUCGCUUGUGCACAGCUGGAACAAUUAUGUUCAUGAAGACAAAGAGGAAUUAGCUCGUGCAAAAAAGAGAAGGGAUUUAGGCAAACCUGUCGAUCCUUGGUACCUACAAGAGGAAUUAGGCCCAUCCGCCGAUGGGGGAGACACUGUUAACCAAUACUGGCGGGGCAUGUUGAAGGAAAAUGACCAAGGGAUGGAUCUGCCUGACAUCCAAGGAGGAAAAAAAAUGAGCACUGAAGAUUGAACAUGUUACAUAAGAGCGAUUUAAUUUGCUUAUGGAAAUCCCUUACCCUCAAGGAGUUGAACUUAGCUCCCCAUAUAAAUCAACUGUAAUAAUAAGUUAUGAUUUGCCGUUCCAUGUGUAGUCUAUGCUUAUGUCGUACCAUCUUAUCUAAGUGGUCAUGAAUUCCAUAUGCUUCCGCCUGUGGGAAGUUUGUGUAUUUUAGCCUUUUGGGUUUACGGGCACAAGUGUUCAAACAGAUCAAGAUCAAGUGUGAAGAUGGUAUAUAUGUCAGUUGUUUGUACAUUAA